AUGAAAAGUUUUACGCCCUAUCGGCUAGUACUGUUUGAAGGAGUCGCAGAUGCAUUUAUGAACUCGCUGAUGGAAACUAAGGAGUGGCGAAAACUGCUGGGCCAACGACCUGUCCUGCGCAUGGCACCCGCGUCGCUAAAGGACAAAAGUACCUGCGAGGAGGACAUACGCACGCGAUUGAGGGAAAUUAACGAAACAAUCUCUAACGCUCUCUUGGAUGGAGAAACGGCCACCAACCCGCAUAAUGAAGACCUUUACAACCAUACGAAGCAGCAUGGUAGAUUCAUCUCUUCUGUCCUAACGCGAGCAUCCAACUAUUCACUUUUAAGGCCAUAUGUCGAGCAAGUUAAGGCUAUUCUUGCCCUUGAUUUUCGCCGUCUUCGAUCUUUGCUGCCCAGCUUCGACCUCCCACACUUCACUGAGAACUAUGGCAUAGACACCUUAGUGGCAAUCCUUGGUGGAUACCUCAAUAUCUUUAAUACCUACAAUCCACAAAGCUAUCCUCGGCAAACGAUAGCAUAUUUGCUUGACAAUUGCACCAGCAAACUGCAAAAGCAGCUACUCGAAGGCAUCCAGGAACGUAUCCGAAAGGACGUGGAUACACACUUCCGCCUUCAUCACAUUCGAGGGGUUAAGUGCACAGGGCUUGACCUACAUUCGAUGGAGCUACACUUCACUGCUAUACUGACGGGAGCGUAUGCCGUGACAAAUAGGUCCGGACAAACAGUCAAUGGGGGGUAUAAUAAGUCUAGAGACUACCUGGUAGACUACAGUUACCGCUACUACAAUGGUAAGUGGUUGCUCUCCGCCAUCAAGAUGAGCAUUCUGUCCAUAUCCGCAAAGCCGACGUAUUUCUAUUGA